AUGGGUAAUGCUCGACCUACCACUGCGAUUCUACAACUACUUGACCGAUCUCAUGUUCUUCCAGAGAGAAAAAUUGAGGAUGUUAUAGUGAAAGUCAACAAUUUUGUAUUUCCUGCUACUUUUCUUUUACUCGAUUGUAAGGCCGACGAUAAUGCACCCAUCAUUUCGGGGCAUCAUUUUCCAGUUACAAGUCGUAUUCUCAUCGAUUACAAGAAAAGAGAGUUCACAAUGCGAGUGGGUGAUCAUAGUGUUACAAUUAAUGUCUUCAACACCCUUAAGCAUGUAGAUGACUCAGAAGAAUGCCAAUGUGUGUUGGACGUGGAUUCAAUAGUAGAGGAUGAAGCUAUAAAUUUCUACUACAACAACUUUUUACAGCUUGAAGACUAUGAAAGAUUCACUGAAGAUGAAGGCAUUGAGGAGCCCGAAAAUUUUUCUUUAGAGGUGGAGCAGUCUAGGUUGCUCUUAGCUAGACCAGAUAUGGUGGAGGAUUUCUUGGAAAUUUUAAUGGACGAUUUUUCCGUCUCGGAUGACAAUUUUGAUAAAUGCCUUGGAAACAUGGCUAAGAUUUCAAAGAAGAGAAUCGAGGUCGACAAAGCCAAGGUUGAGUUGCUUGAGAAAUUACCUCCACCUACCAUCGUGAAGGGUAUAAGGAGUUUUUUGGGGCAUGUAGGAUUCUAUAGGAAUUUCAUCAAAGACUUCUCAAAAAUUUUGAAGCCUCUCUAUCUUUUGCUACAACAGAAUCAGCCAUUCCUGUUCGAUAAAGAGUGUUUCAAUGCAUUUACAAGCUGA